AUGGAUACCAAAGUGAUCUGUUUAUUUUUCUUUUUUUCUUUACCUCCACUGACAGUGGGAAAUCACACUGGUCGUAUCAAGGUGGUCUUUACACCCAGUAUCUGUAAAGUGACUUGUACCAAAGGCAACUGUCAGAACAACUGUGAGAAGGGAAAUACCACCACCCUCAUCAGUGAAAACGGCCAUGCUGCUGACACUCUGACAGCCACUAACUUCCGAGUAGUUAUUUGCCACCUUCCGUGCAUGAAUGGAGGCCAGUGUAGUUCUAGAGAUAAAUGCCAGUGCCCUCCUAAUUACACUGGUAAACUCUGUCAAAUCCCUGUGCAGACUGCCAAUGCUCAAAAACUCUACCAUCACCCACAACAGGUGAACAAGGCUGUAGGAUCACAAAUUAUCCACUCUACUCAUACUCUACCACUGACAAUGUCUGGACAGCAAGGUGUUAAAGUGAAGUUCCCUCCUAACAUAGUGAAUAUCCAUGUGAAACAUCCCCCUGAAGCCUCAGUUCAGAUCCAUCAAGUUUCAAGAAUUGACAGCACAUCAACAGGACAAAAAGCGAAAGUACCUCAGCCAGUACAUCCACAGGUCUCUUACCAAGGUCUUCCAUAUCAGAAGACCCAGAAAGGACAUACUACUUACACAAAUCAACAACCCAUUCCUCAUAUGUUUCCUGUUUCAGUUAAAAGUCAGCUUGGGCGCUGCUUCCAAGAGACUAUUGGGACACAGUGUGGCAAAGCACUUCCUGGCCUUUCCAAGCAAGAAGACUGCUGUGGAACCGUGGGUACUUCCUGGGGUUUUAACAAGUGCCAGAAAUGUCCUAAGAAGCCAUCUUACCAUGGAUACAGUCCUAUGAUGGAAUGCCCUCAAGGCUACAAGAGGAUCAAUGCUACAUUUUGUCAAGAUAUCAAUGAGUGUCAGUUACAGGGAGUUUGCCCUAAUGGUGAGUGCUUGAAUACCAUGGGCAGCUACAGAUGUACUUGCAAAAUGGGAUUUGUGCCAGAUCCUACCCUCUCCAGGUGCAUACCUGAUAAUCCUGUAGUUGCUGAAGAGAAAGGACCCUGCUACCGGUUUGUUAGUGCAGGAAAGCAAUGCAUGCAUCCUCUUUCUGUUCAGCUCAGCAAGCAGCUUUGCUGUUGCAGUGUUGGCAAAGCCUGGGGCCCGAACUGUGAGAAGUGUCCACUUCCAGGAACAGCUGCUUUUAAGGAAAUCUGCCCUGGUGGAAUGGGUUAUACGGUUUCUGGCCCUCACAGAAACAAGCUAUAUCAUCACCCUGCAGUUAGAGUACAGCCACCUGUCAUUGGCAAGACCCCGAUUACUCAACCUGUUGCUAAAGGUACUUCUCCUCCACCUCUCCCAGCAAAGGAAGAGCCAGUGGAGGCACUGACCUUCUCACAGAAAAGUGAGACUGAGAUGGCUGUGCAAGAAGUGGGAACUGCAGCCCCUGAUCAGGAAUUAGCUUCCCUUGAUCAAGAAAAGCAGCCUGAUCUAGAGCGUGGGCAGCCUCAGCUUUCUCCUGGAAUUUCAACAAUUAACCUUCAUCCACAGUUUCCAGUAGUGAUUGAGAAAACAUCUCCUCCUCUGCCUGUUGAAGUUGCUCCUGAAGUCUCUACUUCGAGUGCAAGUCAAGUAAUUGCACCUACUCAAGUUACAGAAAUCAAUGAAUGUACAGUUAAUCCUGAUAUCUGUGGAGCCGGACACUGUGUUAAUUUGCCUGUGGGAUACACUUGCAUCUGCUACGAGGGGUACAAACUUAACGAUCAGCAGACAAAGUGCUCUGAUAUUAAUGAGUGUACUCAGGCACCCCACCUCUGUUCCCUUGGACGCUGUGAAAAUACAGAAGGAAGUUUCCUAUGUAUUUGCCAAGCUGGAUUCAUGGCCAGUGAAGAUGGAACUGACUGCGUUGAUUUUGAUGAAUGUGCAAGACCUCAUACUUGUGGGGAAGGCUAUUGUAUAAAUACAGUUGGCUCAUACAGAUGUGAAUAUUGUGAUAGUGGAUACCAAAUGAACAGGAGAGGUGAAUGUGAAGACAUUGAUGAAUGCCUGACUCCAACUACUUGUCCAGAUGCACAGUGCAUUAAUGCUCCUGGCUCUUACCAGUGCAUUCCUUGCAGAGUGGGAUUCAGAGGCUGGAAUGGGCAAUGCCAUGAUAUAGAUGAAUGUCAGUAUGGCAAUCUCUGUACAAACGGACGUUGUGAAAAUACGGAGGGGUCUUUCAGGUGUAUCUGUGGCCAAGGUUUCAAACUCUCUGCAUCAGAGGAUCAGUGUGAAGAUAUAGAUGAAUGCCAGCACCGAUCACUUUGUACAAACGGACGCUGCAGGAACACAGAAGGAUCUUUCAGAUGUAUUUGUAGUCAAGGCUUCACUCUGUCAUUCACUGGAGAUCAGUGUGAAGAUAUUGAUGAAUGCCUCCAAGACAGUGAUAUUUGCCUUCGAGGAAACUGCAUUAAUACUGAUGGGUCUUACAAAUGUACUUGUCCAGAUGGUUUCCAGCAGAUAGCGAAUAGGGGAUGUCAAGAUAUCAAUGAAUGUGAGAGAUCUGACCUCUGUUCACCUCAUGGGGAGUGUCUAAACACAGAUGGUUCCUACCAGUGCAUAUGUGAGAGAGGCUUUUCUGUGUCUGCAGAUGGCCGAAGAUGUGAAGAUGUUGAUGAAUGUGCAAACGGCACAAUAUGUGGCAGUCAUGGGUUCUGUGAAAAUAUGGAUGGCUCCUACCGCUGCCUCUGUUACCAAGGGUAUCAGGACCCACAGGAUGGGCAAGGGUGUACAGAUGUGAAUGAAUGUGAAAUGCUGAGUGGAGUAUGUGGCGAAGCCCUCUGUGAAAAUGUGGAUGGUUCUUUCCUGUGCCUGUGCUCUGAUGAAAACCAGGAAUAUGAUCCAAUGACCGGACAGUGUCGCUUCCGUACCUCACCAGAAUUACCAGCAGAGCCUGAUGAACAUGAAGAUGGAAAGAAGGAGUGCUAUUACAAUCUGAACGAUGCAAAUUUCUGUGACAAUGUGCUUACAUCCAAUGUAACCAAACAAGAAUGCUGCUGUACCUUGGGUGCUGGCUGGGGUGAUAACUGUGAAAUCUUCCCAUGCCCUGUCUUUGGAACUGCUGAAUUUAGUGAUUUGUGUCCUGAAGGAAAAGGUUUCAUUCCCACUGGAGAAUCAUCUUACGGGCUUCUUGCUCAGAAUUACAAAG